UAUCGUUUGCUCCGAAACUUCUUCCUUGACAGAGGACUGGUAAAAAUAAUUGAUGAAAUCAGCAUCACGGAAGACGACAAGAUCCUGAUCUACUUCACCAUGAUGGUCAUACCCUGUUACGACGUCAGCUCCUGCUUGCUUCCGCUUAUGCGACGACAUUCAACAGCUGUCAAGGUCUCACUUCGAUGCGGUCAGUGUUAAGCUCACUCGGCUAGCAACCCUCAAGACAACGAUGGCAGUAGAUCCUGUCAUUUCCCCAAGGACAAAUGGAUCUGCCCGCGCAUGCGUCAAACGUGAUGCGAGAUGAGCUGCAAUACUUGCAUAAGGCACACAACCUCAAGCUGCACGAUCGGAAGUCGAGCGAAAGACGAUGGAAAUCAAGUACCUCGAACAAGAUCAAGAAGAAAGUCAAGACCAGUCAACGCGGUACGUCAAAAUUUUUGGGUUGAAAAUUUUCAUUGGGGCAAUGUGCACUCUCGUCCGCGAUGUUAACUUAUACCUAUAUUCAUGUUGUCUCUAUUCGCACCUCGUGGGCCUUUCUUAUAGACUGAAGGCGGAUAUGGAACAUUUUCUCGCGGAGCAACUCAAG